AUGCGGUGGUGGCAGUACCGCCUCGUGGCUGCAGUGGCCUUCGUCGCCGCCGCCCUGGCCACCGGCGCCGCGGUGCUGCGGCCACCGGCGCCGCUGCGGUUCGGGCCGGGCGGCCGGUUCAAGGUGGCGCUGUUCGCGGACCUGCAUUACGGCGAGAACGCCUGGACGGACUGGGGCCCCGCGCAGGACGCCGCCUCCGACCGCGUCAUGGCCACCGUGCUCGACGCCGAGAAGCCUGACUUCGUGGUGUACCUCGGCGACCUCGUGACAGCCAACAACGUGCCGAUCCCCAACGCGACCCUGUACUGGGGCAGGGCAAUUUCUGCUUCCCGACGCAGGGGCCUCCCGUGGUCCACCGUGUUCGGCAACCACGACGACAUGCCCUUCGAGUGGCCGCCGGAGUGGUUCUCCCCCGCCGGCAUCCCGCCCGUGCACUGCCCACCUGCCGCGUCAGGGUGCAGCUUCAGAGGAACGCCGCGCAUCGAGUUGAUGACGGCCGAGCUCAACCGCGACGGUGCCGACGGGUUAUCGCGCUCGAUGGUCGGCCCCCAGGAGCUCUGGCCUGGCAUCUCCAACUACGUGCUACAGGUGCUCUCGCACGAGGAACGACAAGACCCUGCUCUGCUCAUGUACUUCCUCGACUCAGGCGGUGGAUCCUACCCGGAAGUCAUAUCCUCUGCACAGGUCCGGUGGUUCCACAGCCAGUCUCACUUCCUCAAUCCAGAUGGCAGGAUUCCUGAGAUCAUCUUCUGGCACAUACCAAGCACAUCAUACGUCAAGGUGGCUCCAAAGUCCAAGACUGAGAUCUGCAAGCCCUGCGUUGGUUCCCUCAACGAGGAGGAUGUGGCGCCACAAGAAGCCGAAUGGGGCAUGAUGGACGCUCUUGCCAAGAGGUCUUCAGUUAAGGCGAUCUUCGUGGGGCACAACCACGGGCUCGACUGGUGCUGCCCGUACGAGAAACUGUGGCUGUGUUUCGCGCGGCACACGGGUCACGGCGGAUAUGGUGACUGGCCAAGAGGGGCAAGGAUCGUUGAGAUAGCCGAGAAGCCGUUCUCUGUCCACUCCUGGAUACGGAUGGAGAACCGGAGCACGCACAGCCAUAUUACAUUGUCUUGA